AUGAAGGCCUUCUUCUCUCGACAUUUUGGCAGCAAGGACAGCAAGGACAAGGACCCGUCAGUUCAGAAGGAGAAGUUCCCCCCGCUGCGCCAAUGGCCACCGCAGGAAGACUCGCCGCCGCAACGGAACGCGACGCCGACGGGUUACACGACGUUCAAGCCGCUGCCAGAGGUCGUACCGGAUGAGAUCCUUGGCCAGCUCGCUCCUGGCUCUCGUUCUGCCCCCUCUCCUUCGCCGACGCCAACCCCAUCGCCUCCGGAAGCAAGCGAGGACACCGUCCCCGACCUCCCCGCGACCGCACCCCGUCACGAGCAAGAGUCUACGGGGAGGAGCUCCCGCAAGACUCUCAAUGGCACGAGCAGCAUCACUAGUAGCGAAGUCCAUAAGAAGGUCGCCUUCAUCUCCCCUCCCCCAACACCUGCUGGCGCUACCGCGCUCGACCGCGUCCCAUCCGAGCCCACCGCGCUCACACCCAGCCAAAGCCCAGCGCCGGCGCCGGCAAAGACAAGCGUCUCGCGAUUUCAGGCUGCGCACGGCGAGAAACCGCGCGCGUCUACGGGUGCCUCAUCAUCCAGGACGGACGUCGCUUCCACCAAGGCGAGCGCGAAGGCGUCGGUCAGGACAGCGUCCCCGUCCAUGCAGGGCUCGGCACAGUCCCUACGCUCCGGUACUCCCUUCUCCACCAUGUCUUCAGACAACAGCAGUCGCAUCCUUUCCGCCACCUCCUGGUCAGAGGUCACCGAGGACGAUCUCGUCUCAAACCUCGGCUCGAGGGAGCGAACACGUCAAGAGGUCCUUUUCGAGAUUAUAUCCAGCGAGGAGAGAUACGUCCAGGAAUUAAUAAAGAUGAAGGAGACAUUCAUCGAUCCUCUUUUGCAUCCCUUCUCGGCGACCUCCUCCUCCAUUACCUCCCCAUUGUCAUCAACACCGAAUCUCGACUACGACUACUAUCGUUCAGAAUCCCCUGUAACAACAUCUAAUGACCACCUCCCGCCUAUUGCCGCGCGCUUCAUGUCGCCCACCCCGCCAUCUGUCACUCCUCCGGUCGACGCCGUAGACACGGACGAGGAAGACGAGCAGGACGACAGGCUUGGCAAGGGAUAUCCUUCUUCCCGCCGGACGGGCGGUGCGAUGAGCCAGGCAGCGCGCCUUAAUCACCCACGCUCACCCUACCGUGCCACCGUCACGAAGAACGCAGGAGGCAAAGGAGGCACCGCCGUGCCCUUCCCAUCGAGAUCACAUCAUUCACUUCCUCCGCCCCCACGAGCCAAUCCGAGCGCGUCGACGCACUCGCUUGGUCGCCAAUCUGUCAUCAUGGAGCGCGAGCGCAACUUCAGCCAGGGUGCUUCCGAGCGCAAGGUCUCGUCCCCAGCGCCAACACGGUCUGGCGGAGUCCUUCGCAAGCUCAAGAAGAGCCAGAGCGGGACGGACAGCCAGGCAGCCAGCAGCGCAGCCCUCCUCGGCGACUCUAUAGCGCCGCAUCAGCUGCCAGAAGACUUGCGGAUAUGCCUGGAGGUUAUCGACGGCGGUGUCCUCGACGGACAUAAGCGGCUAUCAGAGGCGCUUAAAAAGAGAUAUGACGACCAAUACCCGCUGGUUCGGUCUCUCGCAGACGUCUUCGUGUCGAACUCGGACAUCUUCCAAGGCUAUGCAAGAUACGUAUUACAUCUGGAGAGGGCAUUGGAGGAGGCCGACGACGCCCUCUCCAAUGUCAACACGAAGAAGCCGAAGAAGCAGGACGCUCACGAGUGGCAGAAGGUCUGCAAGGCCUUGCAAAAACUUGAGGAGAUAGCUAUGGAGAAGGGCGAGACCGGACUUGCCAUCACGCUGUCCAAGCCUUUCCAGCGACUGCUCAAGUACCCGCUCCUCUUCCAGAACCUGCUCUUCCACACCGACCCGAGUACUUUCGAGUACGAGAGUACGCUGCAGAUGGUCGCAGAGGUUGAGCAGAUCGUGCGUAGCAUUGAGGACGAGAAGAUCCAGAAGGAGGAGCGCGACAAGACGCGCGAUGUCUUCGCACGUAUCGAGGGUCUGGAGAAGGUCCGGCAGCUGGCUCAGCCCAAGCCUUCGCGUAUACUCGUCGAGGAGCGACCAUGCGUGCCGACGCUGGGAUCGAUUGGGCCGGGAGGGAAUGGGUCAUCACCACCGCCAGCCAUCGCCAAUGGGAAGAAUGUGCGGGGGAAGUCGUCGUUCAAGCGGCUCAGCGAUGUGCUCAACCCCAGCCUCGGUGGUAUUGGAGGGAAGAAGGACCUGUGGUUCGUUGUUUUCAAUGACGUUGUGUUGCAGUGCCAACGUACCGGCACGACGUCUCUACCAUUGGUCGCGCAUACGAACUCCCGGACGAAUUCGUUACCCGAGUUCCAAGGACGUGCGAAGUACGCGACGACUGGGCGACGAAAUUCGACCACGAAGCCGCGGAACCUGUACAAAUUCCUGAAGAUCGAGACAUGGGAUAUUGGCGAAGUCAUACAACCUCGAGAGGGUGCAGUGUCGAUGGACGAUGUCUUGCGCGCCAAGGCCGCGAAACAUAACUCGAACACACUGAGCCCAACACCCACCAGCAAUCAUGACGAGGAUCCGGGCAACGAAUCCGACGACUCCGACCGCAAGAGCAAGAUGAGCUUCUCGUACUGGGGCGCGGACAAGAUAACCGUGCAGAAACCUCUCAACAUCAACAGAGGUGGACGUAUCACGGUACCGCGACGCGGUGGCGUUCCCGGCGCGGUCUCUUACGGACGAGAGUCCUCCGCGAACGCCAAGUUCGGCACACGAUUAGUGUCCGGCGACAGUACUCAACAACCGCUACGACCAGGUAGCCGCAGGACAGCUGCGACCCCGACGUCACGUCGCCCGCAGCAGUCGGAGGACGGACAUGGAUCGAAGUCCACCAUCGCUGGCCGGCCUGCAUGGAACAGCCCAACGUCGCCGCUAUCAUCGCCACCCACAAAUGCGCGUCGACCACGCAACAUGUCGCAGACGAGCACGCCCGCGUCUGCAGCAGCGAAGCCAAUCCAGGCGAAGGCGAUGCAGUCGUCGCCGGCGCCGUCCGAGGACUCUGGGGUAGGCCUCUAUCGCCAAAUUGUCAGGAACGACCCGUCUCUAAAAAACGUUUGA